GUGAAAUCAAACAUAACCUAAAAUAACAGUUUGUUUAUAUUUUGUUAUUUGUUUCUUUUAUUCAUCCUUAUCACUUUAUAUUCUGUAAAAUUGAAAAAAACUCUUUAUUAUUUUUACUCUUUAAUAACAUACCUUCAAUAAAAUGACAUACUUGAAUUAAUUUUUGUGAUAUACAUAAGAAAUAUAUGCCCCAAACUUUGUAAAUUAAUAACCCUAAAUAAGUGUACCUAGUUUAAAAUGUACCUCUCAACAUCCUCCUGUACUUUAUGUAAGGAACAUAUUACGAGUAAAGUGAAAUAUAACUUAAAAACGUCCACAGCGGAAAAGUCAAAUAAACCACUCCUGAAUUUUGUCGAAGUGUUCAACAAAAAUAUAAUUUUUUCACACUGCAAUAUAUGUGCCAACUGCUACAAGUUAAUCAACGAACUAGACGUUUUACAACAAAGAGAAAAGGAGAUUUUGGCUAUUUUAAAAAGAUAUGUUUGUUCUAAAGAAGGUAAUUCAGACAACUCAGUCGAAACCACAUCAGAAGCAGAGACAAAUACAGUUUAUGUGAAAGAAGAGAUUCAAUUACCUGAUGUGGAUCUUAAAAAUCUACCUAUUAAAAUAAAAAGGGUGCCACCUAAGCAAGAACAUACUUCCAGUGAUUAUGAUAUGAACAAUAUUUGUGACUUUGAUGAGUAUUUAUGUGAUAGCUUACUUACAAAUACAGCUACUGAUAAUGGGAAUGAUGCAUUUGAAAGAAUCCAGAAUUCAAUCAAAGAAGAUCUUUUCAGACAUGCUGCCGAGCAGCAAAACAAAACCAAGCCGUCAUCUGCCCUAUGUGAAAUUUGUGGGCAAAACUUUAAAUCGAAAAAUGGUUACGAAAAUCAUAUGAAAAAACACAACAGUGCAGAUGAUGACUUUAAGUUACUUACAUUGAAUAAGGGAGAAGAAGAGGAUUAUCAAUGUCCAAUAUGUGGAAAGGAGUUUAAUCAGAAGAUUUCAAAGAAAAGGCAUAUGGCCAUUCAUACAGGUGAAACUCGUUAUCAAUGUGAACACUGCGGCAAAAAAUUCAUACAUCAUAGCUCUUUUAACAUGCACAUGAAAAUCCAUGCAGGUGUGAGAAACUACAAAUGUACUCUCUGUCACCGUGAGUUCCUUAACAGCUCUCACCUAAAACGUCAUGUGCGUUCAUUACACAUCGGAGAAAAACGUUAUGCUUGCGACAUUUGCGGGAAGAAAUUCGGCGAACGGUAUAAUCUCGAAGCACAUAUACGUGUCCUCCAUAAGGAAAUUGAGGAAGAGCCGAUGGAGAAUUAUGUAGAGGAGGAAGUUACCGCUGUGAAUGAAAUGCCCAAUGUCAAGACGGAAUCUGCUACAGUGAUUUAUCAAUUACAGGAUGAUGGAACUUUUUUAGGUGGGGUUACUUUGUUGAAAAAUGACGCUGAGUUGGUCAACAGUGUGGUAGUGAGUGAUCCCAACAUUUUGUACUCUUUAUAAGUGGAUUUUAGAAUAUAAUUGUUUUUUUUUAACUUAAUGAUACCAAAUGAUAAUUUCGAUAGUUAUGCAUAAGUUUUUAUUUAUUUUUUUUUAAUUAAAGGAAGACAUCCAAUAAAAGGAAACACAAGUGAA